AUGGGCACCGGGAAGCCCCGUACGUAUGGGGACAUUGCCGAUACAGUGCUGCCUUCCCUCGUCUUUACACUAGAUACCCUCAAGGCCCUAGAGAAAAGCGUUGACACGUAUGUUCGACUUGCUCCGGGAGAUCGUCGCACGUUCUUUAGAAACCAGAUGGAUGACAUCUGGACGGAGCCCAUUGACUGGGCUUGCAUGCCGCGCAGUCCCGAGUUCAAGACGCAGUGGUCGGUGAGUGUGAAAGGGCCGGCGGUGUCAACCCUGCAUCUAACGGAGCAUCCAUCCGAUAAUCAGGCGCUCAGGCGAUACUUUCAAGAACAAGGGCGCAUUCGUGGCCCUGCGGCACUUCCUGAGAGAUUGAGCACGCGCAAAUGGACUGGACUUCGAGUCUGCGGUGUUGUCUACCACGAAUCCAUCGACGAGAUGGUGUUUCUUGGAACAGGAAUGCGCCCUGGAGACACUCGAGGAUACAUCGGCCAACGCAUGAAGUGCCGGACGGUGUUCUACUGGAAGUUGCCAGGCAGCGAGAGACGCCAGCUUGACGAGAUGGCGAAAGACUGGCAGGCAGGGUCUGCCCCUGCUCAGCAAAAGAUCGAUGCUUACUACCGGCGCUUUCAUACCUGGAUAAAAAACGUUCACAUGACUGGACUGCGAGAGUUCGGUCAACAUUUGGUGACAAUGGCGAUUCCAGAGCCAGGUCUUCCCAAUCCGCCGCGACUCUACGAGUUCAUGUACGAUCUCAAGGUCCUCGAGAAGCCCCUUGUGAAGACAGUGCCGGUAGGAGACACCUUGACGGACAUUUAUCUUGCGGUGAAUCACGCCGCCGGUCGUUUGGAGGGCGCUGCAUUGCCCACGUUGUUGAACAAAAAGUCGAGAUUGAAGCGCAAGACCACCUGGGCAAUGGACGAGACGAAUUUCGUCGGACGCGACGAGAUCGUCUUGAGAGAGGAAGACUUCGACGAAGAACUUUUCUUCAAGGAAGCGAUCUCCAUGCUGUACACGAUCGUCAGGAUGGCCCACAGUAACAUAUCGAGUCACCGCGAUCUUGAUCCGCCCUGGGCCUCCUUCUCGGAGCUGGUGGACCAGCGGUAUCUUUUGCCAGAUAUCCCGAUGUGUAUACCUACCGCCCUACGCCAGCCCAACUGCUUCAAAUAUCUGAAGCACUGGUUCACCGUCACCAAAGGUCUCAGGUUCAACCAAUGGCAGAGGAAGAACAGCAUCCCCAUGGCGCCGGUGCCAUUUGAUCAGCGGUGGUGGGCGGCGUCACACGCGGAGUAUGCCGCGCCAGCUGAGGCUAUUCCGGCGACUGCGAUGGAAGCCAUGGCAUACGUUCCCGAGACUGCAGCUCCGUCGGACCUGCAUGUCUUCGGCGGCACCGUAUCGCCCUUCGGCAGUGGCGGUGGACAUCUCGUACACGAUGCGGAGACCUGGGAGCAGGAGUCCCUCGAGCUGCUCGAUAUCCCAUAUGUCCCAGACCCUGAUGACUUGCAACCCAGGAUUGUACCCGGUACAGACUCGACGUUCGCCGAGGGGGAUAUACCGCCGGCCCUGGUACCAGGCAAUUGCGAGGCCCGGGCUCAAUGGUGCAUGAAGCAGGUGCAGACGCAUUGCAAUGGAAUCUCGCGCCGCGUCACACGCCCACUCCGCGCCGCCAUCAAACAGUUGGCGGAGCUUCCAAUGGUCCCAAACUGCACGUACCCUCUGAAGUCUGCUGGUAGGCGUUGUGGGUUACCCUAUGACCUUCGAUGGACGAUGCUAGACGCCGUGCCGCCAGCUUCAGCAAACAUGCAGGACUGGGUCAGAUUCUUGGAAUCUGCCCCGUGGACGUUCGAACAAGCUGGUGCUGCCACAUACGCUGGAUCUGAGCUGGCUUGGACGUUUGUCUUGGGCGGCGUUCUCUACUUGCGCGGAUAUUCGGCUGCUGGCGGCGAUCCGUCAGGCGACGAGGGCGUUGGACGCUUCACAAUGGGUUGCGCCAGGUUCCACAGGAUCUUUACCCAGUUUGUCUCUACACUUGAGGACUACGGGGAACGUUUUCGUUACCCUGGGUGGGCGCCCAGCACGAAAUACGCCGUGGCAAACUCGCGAUCUCUCUACCUUGCAUAUCUUGUGAGGCACGACACGCAAGAUGUGCUGCUGCCGCUCAUCAAGCUUAUAACUCGAUUGAAGCAGGGAGCGCUUGAAGCCCCGUUCGAGUUCGUACCGCACUCCGCUGCUACUGACGCACCUUCCUGGGUCACUCAGUCAAACGGCGUUCCUUCCUGGCAAUGGCAGAGAUGCGGUCUACCACCAGCGUCGCACAAGCUUUCUGACCUGCCUGACAUACUUCUCGCCUGGCUCAAACGCGACGACCUACUGGUGGAUCCGGAAAAGGGGCCUAGAUCUUGCGAAACAGGCUUGGCUGUGAUGCUCAAAGUUGCGUUGGUUUUUGCCGACCUUGAACAUGUUGAGGACGAGAACUGGACUGAUGCCGGCGCACGUAUCCUGGAACUUUCCACUCUCUGUUCACGGCGGCGAGAGCUACAAAUUGCCAUUGCGGACUGGGCUAACCAGGAGGCCGUACGACUGGAGCCUUUGCUCGACGCGUUAGACAUCGCGCGAGAAGAUCAGGACGAGGAGGAGUCUCAUACGCGCGGCGAUUCGCUCCAGUAUGGGAAUUCCCCAGGCAUGAAGAGCGUUAGGCGCCGACCGGCCAGCCAAUACAUACCGGACGAGGUAGACGACACAUUUAUGGCCGUGGAUAUAGGCGACGUCGUAUUGCCUCAUUCCGUUCAGGAAUAUCGUGAGCGGGUGGAAGCGGAACCUAGAACUGCUGUUCAAGAGCUGACCCGAAAGGGUUUACAAGGGAUAUCUGCCCUCGGGGAGCGGAGACAGAGGAACAAAGAGCUACUGUCUGGCAAGACAGCCUCGGCAGGAGCAUCAUCGAUGGCUCGCAGACCUGCACCGCAACGCACCUCUGGUGGUUGGCAGGGGAUGCCCGCCCCGUCAAUGGACGAUCUAGAGCCUCAGUCGGAUGGCGAAGACACGCUCCCACCCCGCAAAAGGCGCAGGACUAUGGCAUUGAAGAUAAGACGCAAUACCGGUACCCGCGAGGCAGCGACCGAUGCGAGUUCAUCGCGCACAAAGCUUGCCAAAGCUCGUGGAGGAAAGAGAAAGGGCACUAGUGGACGCCGCGCUAAAGUCAACCGGUCUUCAAAACAGAGGAAUCCCCGCACGAUUCGCCGCACAUCGCCGGAAUCCUCAUAUGAAAGCGAAGACCAGGCUGAUUCAAUGUGCGGACCGGUUUCUGGUGCUGGGGGCGGAGUUUCGGACCUCGGAGGGACUUCUGAAGGGGACGAUAGCGAUGCCAUGCCGAUGCGUAUCACGACGCCUAGAGACCCGAGAGCUCUGGGAUGGGCACAGCCGGUGACUUUUGACGCCGACGCCACAAGUAUCGCAACUGGACUGGACAGCGAUGCAGCCGAUUCGGCGUUUUCGUUUCACCGCCCGCCCGUACGCCGGCUUACGUUCAUCGACGCGAACCAGGCGAUCCGUCUCGGAGCUGAAUCAUCGCGGCGCUCGAGCUUGUCGGCGCCCGGCACGCCCCGCGCGGCAAUGGGUGAUCGCCUGGCCUCAAGCCCGAUUGGGACAGAAACGCCAGACGGUGCGAUGAAUGCAGGGGGAUCAUCAGUGUCGACAGCGAUCGUCGUCAGACGAAGCGGUAGAUUAAAAAGAUCCAGUUGA